GGUAACCUCCAAAUAAUCCACUCUAUCGAGCCAUCACCGAAUCGAAAAUGCCACCUCGCCCCCCCUUCGACCCACAAAUCCUCUUAAAAAAACCCACCCGACCAGAUCCUUGGGCCCGAGCGUCCGCCCCCUUCCUCCCCCCCCCCCUCCAACCUCCCAGGGCUAAUUGAAAUGAAAACAUUAGGGAAACAUGGCGCUACACUGGUCCCUUCACCCGCUGGAACCGAUUCAGGGGCGCUUUCCCCGGUCUGGGUAUUGCCACGGUUGCGUUCGCAGCCUAUUGCGCUUACGAGGCGGUGUUCUUGAAGGAUGAGCAUCAUGGGGAGCAUCAUUCAGCGGCGGAAGGAGGGGCUAGUGGGGUCGGGACUGCCUAGCCUGCUGCGGGUGCUGUUGCUGAAGAGGGGGGGGAGUGUGUGUAUAAUUUGGGAAUUGGGUAGAGAUUGGGUGAUGGUGCGGUGGCUAUAUCCGGGGGUGUGUAAGAAGCUAUGGCGAGAGAGGGGGAGGGAAGUAUGACAUUAAAGUGGAUAUCGCCGGUUCCAUUGCCACGCAUAUGCGACCAAACAAUUUAUAAAAACAAAUACAUAAAGGAUAAGAGGAAAAGGGAAAUUUUAUCGUAAACUCAGGUAUCUACUAACCAAUACUCUAAAACACGUAACGGACGCCCCUGCCAGAAAACCCAUUAAAAAAGAGACCCCGACCUCGAUACGGGAAGGCAAAAAAAGAAAACUAAAGACCCGUCCAGACAAACCAAAUUGCCAUUCCCAAAGCCCAUAUCCAACCCCCACCUCCGGAAACCCAAUUCCACUUCCUCUCAGCAGAACUCAAGAAAUACACCGCCCCGAGGUAGCUACAAGUCACGUCCCCUUUCGGGUCUCUAGCGCCAUAGCUCUGUGCCAUCCCCCAGCUAUCCGAUCUAGGGCACUGGAAGCCCAAACUGCUGGGACAACUCUGCACAAGUGUCCAGCAGAGGUCCAUACACGGCUUGACCUCCUUAUAUGGCCCCGGGCGGAUGAUCCGGUCGAUCUUAGCAUUCCGGGAGGAUUUUGUGUGUGUCAUGUUCGCAUCUUUUAGUGGGAGGGUGGCAUCAGUGGUGUUGAACGGGUGCGUCUGAUUUUUCCCGGAGGAUGCAUUGUAGAACAUCUCGCCCAUGGCGCGUUCGGUCAGGUACGGAAGUUUAGAGGAAAAGUCCAUGCACCGCGGGAUGGUUACUGCGCAUAACCAAUUUUUGUACGCGGCGUCGCAGUCUGCACAGCCUCGGGCGAGCGAGUACUGUGCGGAACUCGAUGUGUUGCACUGGAUUUGUUGGAUGGAGUAGGAGAAGUUCUUGUACCAGCUUUUGGCGAUGUCGUCGUAGAAGUUUGUUAGGUUAUCCAUAUUGAAUAGUGUGGGGUUCGAGGGCACGGCAUAGGCUACCUCAGAACAGAAUGGGAGGUUGUAUAUGAUCUGACAAUUUCCGUCCUUCUUCGUGUUGAUAAGCGUGGCGCGCCAGAGGAUUCCCGAGGUGUCAGAGGGGUUUGUGGAGUUUGGCCGGGCGAGGUACCCAAGGUAAGAACUGCUCCUGUUCAACUCCUUCAAGUGGAACUGCUGCUUCGGAAGGUUCCCGAGACCCCGUCUAGUCAUGCUGACGUCUAGGCUCCUAGGACGAACUUGUGCCAGCUUUGUGACGGCGCAGUAACUCCUUUCUAGUCCCUGAAACCUGCUAUCCACACCCGUAUUCUGAGCAUACAUUAGGUAUGGGGGCGGUCUCUGCAUCAGUUCGUCCCCCUCGACCUCUUCAUCCACACCUCCAUCAGCAGCAGAUCCCGCGGUCAUAUUCCCCGUAAUCAACAGCGCGGCUUCGUUGUCCGAGUCGACAAGGUAGAGGAAUUGAUCAUCGACAUAUUCAUGAUACCGUUUUCUCGUAGAUAGCACUAGCUCAUAAUUCCAUAUCCCGCCCCACCACGUCCUAUCCCCAACGUCGGGUGCGUAAACCCCGACCCAGAUCGAUCCAGCCGUAUCAAACGUGAAAUUCGCAUACCCCUGCACCACUGGAAUCGAAAUCUGCGGUCUAUCCAGAACCCCCGGACCAGGCGCUUGGUUCGAACUACUGUUCGACAGGUACAGCUCCAACUGCGGCAACCUCGGGACGUCCUCAUCACUGCCGCCGUCGCUGUCCCCGGCCGCUCCACCAGUAUUAUUGCGUUGAGGCUGCAAGCAAGUAUUGAACGUGAGGUAGACCGUCCGUGACCUUUCCCUCCCCCCACCAUCGUCACCACCCUGCCGUUUCUUCAAUUCGCCGAUUGGCUUUUCACGCCUCUUAGCACUAACACUCUUGCCGUCGUCAACAAACAACUGGCUUGGCUCCAACACCCAGUAAUUUAUCUGUCCAAACUCAAGAUUGUAAGACCCCGGUACACUAUUCCCCAACCCCCUGACCAUCUCAUCCUGCCUUCUGAAAACCCCGGCAUCCCCGCCGAAGGAGUCGAAACCGGGUUCAAAGUCGGAGUAGGAGUAGGCCGAGCGCGGGUAUGCCACGAAGAAGAGUAUCGCGACCAGCAGUGUCGUCGCGACCAGAGAGGCGGCGAAUUUGGACUGCAGGGGGCUCAGUGGUACGCCCCAGCUACAGGAUGGCAUUUCCAAGGUCGGUAGAGUAGCAGUGGGUGGUGGUGGUGAUGGGCGGUACUGUAGCCCACAGAACGCCAGCGCGGUUUGGGCUAGUCGAUUUUUUGUGCUUUUUUUGCGGGGUGCUACCGGUAGGUCAAGAGCAUCGCCGAUAGGGAGACAGUUAUUGAACGGAAAAUUGGCACAUUGGGAGAGCACUU